AUGUCUUACGAUGACGAGCCCUUCGAUAACCACUACGACGAGCCGUGCUAUGAUGACCAUGACCCGUACUAUGAUGAGCCAGAUCACAGCGACCCUUACUACUAUGGGCCGGAUUAUAGCAACCCUUACUAUGACGGGCCAUAUUCUGAUGACGAGCACUACGAUGAGCCAGACUGGGAAGACCCAUGCUAUGCAGAGCCAGCUUAUGAUCCAUCCAACUACCACCCUUCUUUUCAAGAAGAGUAUUAUGAUCGACCGCCCUCUAGAGAUCAGUAUUGUCAUGAGCCGUAUCCUGAUGACCGAUACUCCGAUGAGCCAUCUUUCGAGUAUCAGUACUCGGAAGAGCCACCCUUCGAUGAUCGGUCCUUCGAUGAGCCACCCUCUAAUGAUCAAUACUCAGAUCAACCUUCCUUCGAUGACGACGAAUUCGAUGACGACGAGCUUGGUGGCGAAGACUUCGACGGUCCCCCUCACAAUAAUCAGCGGUACGAAGAACCUCCGUUCAAUGGGCCUUGCUCAGCUGGGCCACCGCCCCACCGCCAAAGCUACGCCCCUGCCUCUCCCACUUACCCAAGGAGUCGCGAGCCGCCUGUGAAUGUCACACGUGUGAACCAGGUGACUUUCAACAUUCAGCAUUUCCACAACCUGUCUGUUCACGUACACCCCGUCGCAAACACGACCUUCUCUGCCAGAACACCAGAAUCUGAAGAUCAGCACCCCGGGAAUCAGCACCCCGGGAAUCAACAACCCAAGAAUCAGCGCCCCAAGAACCACCCGAAGGGCCAGUUCUCUCGUGAGGAGUACCGCAAGAACCAACCAUCCACCUGGCAACCUGUCCAGAAACUGCUCUGCGACGGAAAUUCGGUUGAGAAAAGGUCCUCUGAUAAAAUGUCCUCCGACAAGACGUCCUCCGACAAGAUGUCGCCCGACAAAACGUCCUCUGAAAGAAUGCCCUCGGACGAAGCAAUCACCGAUAACAUGCCCUCCCACGAAGAGUCCAAUGAAGGAGCUUUGGACGAAAAGGCCACCGGAAAACAAGCCUCGAGCCCCUCGUCUGCUUCCUCCAAUUCGUCUCCCUCCGACCCAUCUCCAAAAUCUCUCCAGUCCAGUCGAGGUAACCCCCCUUCAAAUCGGAAACAGAUACUUUACUAAUGCAGCAAGCAGACCCCGUCUCCCAGUUCCGCACUGAUAUUCUCGACUGGUCUCUACGUAACAAGAUCUCAUCGGAGACUUUUGCCCGGUUGUGCGAUAUCCUUCGUGUCGUCGACAGCCCUGAAACCAAAUCACUGCCGAACAGAGAGGAUAUUUUCAGAACGAAGGAGGAUAAUAAAUUGAGAUCAGACAGUCGGGGCAGUCAGUCCUCUGCUGAGUUGAAAUGAUU